AUGGCCUCCUCGCUGGCAAACGGUGUGACAAGCGAUAUGAUUGCCGCAACAACUUCGACAAGUGGUAUUGCGACACUAUCCACAAAUAAACACAUCACGACGUCCAGCCUAGCUCAAUCCGCGGCAACAUUAUUGAGCAGCAGCACUUCGAGCCAUGUGGCCGUGGGCACUUUGACGACAUCGACAUCGUCCCCGAUAUCGACGUCUCUGCCUCUUGUUACGGCUGGUCCGAACCAUCUCAAUGACAGCGUGGACACUACCAGCAUCAGCUGGGGUCCCGAUAUUACUGCUGUACCCAUCCCGACCCAGGAGGCUUCGGGCAAUAGCAGUCAACCUCCGCCAGCUCAUACUGGUCUCUCGCCCAAAUCAAGGCAAAUAACGAUCGCAGUGUCGGUCAUAGGCGGAGUACUGUUCAUCGCAAUACUCAUAUAUAUCUGCUCUCGGCGACGAAAGGGUGCAACGUACUCUGAGGUUGUGACCUGUCGACCUCACAAUCCGAGCACCAUACUAUCAGGCACGGACGCACAAGAGAUGCGACUGACUGCGCUACCGAUCUAUCGAGAAUACCGAUACUCGGUCCGAUCGUCCAAGCACCCAUCUCUGAUCAAUCUGUCACAUCCGCCUACGAACAGGAAAUCCUUACCGAGCAGCAAAGCCGCACGCAAGCUGGCUAGGCAGAGUGCAUCAAACCCAAGUGCCUGGAAGUCUGCCCAUCCACCUACUGCGCCGCAGACGCCACUGCGGGAGGUACAUGGUCGGUCAUUCCUGUUCGACGCGAGUCCACCACAGAGUGUGGUCAGUAAGCCGGAGCGAGCUCGAGUAAUAGAGCCACAACAAGCCCCACCGAAGAGCUCCACAAGGAAUUCAGGUCCAAUUGUAUCGAUACGGCGGAGCACCAAAACAGACGACCUAGAAGCCGGCCACGCUACACCUCCCGAGUCGCCCAGGUCACAGCACUCGACGCAACUCUUGAAGGAGCGAUGGAGCUGGACCAACUCGCAGGCACCUACCACGCCACGUCUGGCAGCACUGAGUAUGCGAUCGUCCGUAGGAAGUCUACCUGGCUUCAGAAGCAUAAGAAGCUGGGUGCGCGGUCAAAACUCACGGAUGGCUGAAAAGCGACCACCGAUGCCAAAGCCACGAAUGCCGGCGCUGAAGAACAAGGCUUCAAUACCGAAGUUGGCGCCUAUAUCGAUAACAUAA